UCAGAGUAAGAGAAGAGAAGAAAAGCCCUAAAGAGAUGAAGGUAUAAAUAUAUUCAAGUGAAAACAUAAACGUGAUCGUAACUAGGGUUUUGAGGCAGUAAGGCAUUAGCAGCUGUAUCAGCAAUGGCACCCAAACAGAGAACCGCUAGGGUAAGCAGAAACCCCGAUUUGAUCAGGGGAAUCGGAAAAUACUCAAAAUCUGCCAUGUACCACAAGAGAGGUCUCUGGGCCAUCAAGGCCAAACACGGCGGCGCUUUCCCUAAACAUGAUCCCAAACCUAAGCCUGAAGCUCCCGCUGAGAAGGCUCCUAAAUUCUACCCCGCCGAUGAUGUCAAGAAGCCACUUCGCAACAAGCACAAACCUAAGCCUACUAAGCUCAGGGCUAACAUUACUCCAGGGACAGUGUUGAUUCUUCUUGCCGGUAGAUUCAAGGGAAAGAGUUGUGUUUUUGAAACAGCUUCCUUCUGGCCUUCUUCUUGUUACUGGUCCUUUUAAGAUCAAUGGAGUCCCAUUGAGGCGUGUGAAUCAGUCUUAUGUUAUCGGGACAUCAACCAAAGUAGAUGUUUCUUCAGUUAAUGUUGAUAAGUUUGACGAUAAGUACUUCUCUAAGGAAGCUGAGAAAAAGAAAACCAAGGGAGAGGGCGAGUUCUUUGAUUCAGAGAAAGAGGAUAAAAAGGUGCUCCCCCAGGAAAAGAAAGACGAUCAAAAGACUGUUGAUUCCUCAUUGUUGAAAGCCAUCGAGACUGUUCCAGACUUGAAGACUUACCUAGGUGCCAGGUUUUCAUUGAAGUCCGGUGUGAAGCCUCACGAGUUGGUCUUCUAGAUGAAUCAAGAGUGUUAGAGAAUUGUUUUUUGCCCUUGUAUUUGGUUGUUUGUCAAACUUAGAGCUUAAGUUUUUAAUCAUUUACAAUUUUCUUCGUAUUUGACUUUUUAAAAACUUGUAUUAUGUUAUCCGGGAUUUUGCUUAAUUUAUUGUCCUCUUCAACUACUUGAUUUCAUGAUAGAGGCUA